AUAAGAUAGAAUUUCAAAUAAAAUAGGUUCAUCGUAAAUAAAAUUAAUUAGUUUAAUACCUUUUAAAAUAAUGAUAUAUUUUGAAAGAAUUGGCACAUUAAUAGUUUUUUUCAAUUUUUUAACUGGAAUAAUUCUUUUAGAAACAAACGAGAAAUUAUAAAAGUAAUAUUUUUCAUUUACAAUAGGCGACUUAAUAUUAGUUUAUGUAAUUCCUUUUAUAAUUUCUUUAUUUGUAUUUAUUUUGAGAUAAUUAAACUUAGAGAAAGAUAAAGAUAUUAUUUAAUAUAUAAAUAAAUAAGAAUGUUACAUUUUUUCGAGAUUCAAAAAAAACAAAAUCUUAAAUUAAGUAGAAGACGAAGAAUCUUAAAACUAACAAUCAAAAGAAUAGGAAAUACCAGAAAAUAUUAAUUAUAAUUAAGAGAGAAAUACUAUUAGUAAUAUUAAAUAAAUAAAAACUACAAAUAAUAAUCAAUAAACAAUUAAUAAAAUAUAAACUAAACAAUUGAAUAAUUUAAAAUCCUCUCAAUAAUAAAAAACUGUAAAAAUACUAGAGAAAGUUAGAUGGGAAUAAUUAGAAGUAGGAAAUAUUGUAUGGCUUAAAUCCGGAGAAACUGCCCCAGCAGAUCUUUUAAUUCUAGACACUAGGUAAUCUAUAUGUACAGUAGAUGAGGAAGCAAUAAAUGGAAAAAACAAUUAAAUAAUAAAAACAGCAGCACAAUUAACUUCUGUGUCUGUCCAUUCUAAAUUAAAGAUGAAUAUGUUUGAAUAUAGGAAAUUACUUUCAGGAAAAAUCGAAUAUGCACGAUAAACAAAAAGGAAAGAAUUUAAUGGUUUUUUAAAAAUGACAAAUGAUCCCAAAGGUGAGAAUAUAAACCAUACUAACGUAAUUUUUAGAGGCAGUAAGCUUAUAUAUGGGGAUUGGUUAUAUGGACUAGUAAUUAAUGCGGGUAAAAAUUGUAAAAUAUAUCUAUAGAAAGAAGAAAAUGAUAAUUCGGUAAUAAACUCCUUUUUCGGUUAAAAAAUAAGGACUCUAUUUAUAAUUUCAUAUAUUUAUAUAUUAAUAUGUUCUUCAAUUUCACUUAUUUUUUUAUAUAUAUUGAACUAAAUUAAUUAUUCUGUGGGUUUUUCAGAUGAUCCUUCUUAUGUUUUUUAUUCCUUUAUAUUGGAUUAUUUACAUAUGAUGCCUAUUUUUUUUUAUACUAUUAUUGAUUUUGUGGAGUUUGUUAAUGAUAUGUAUCAUAAUAAAUACUAUAAAAAAUUCAGCUAAAAUAACACUAAUAAUUAAGUUGGGAAUAACUUUUAAGUUCUAAAAAGCGUAUCUUUAGCUGAUCUUUCAUUAACUAAUUAUGUAUUUUUAGAUAAAACAGGGACUAUUACUGAAAGUGAAGAAUAUGACCUAAAAAUGAUAAUUAUAGAUGGAAGAAUAUAUAAUAUGAACCUAAAAGUAGCUUAAUAAAUUAUCAAAAAUAAAUUCUUAAGUUCAAAAAAUUUUAAUAAAAGUGUAGCUGAAUAAUAAGGAAAUGAAAAUAUAAAUAUAGCUGAGGAAAAGGAUAGCAAUAAUUAAACAAACAUAGGAGAUUAAUAAAUACAAUUAUUAAAUAAUGUCCCUUAGUUUAAAAAUACUAAAGAUAAACUCGUUUUUAUAAAUUAAAGAUCAUAUUUAUAAGAAUAAGAAGAUAUAGAAGAAAAUAAAGACCUUAUGAAAUUCUCAGUUAGUUAUAAUUAAUUAAAUUAAAAUUUGUCUAAAAUAGGAGAAAAGUCUUAUUUUUAAAAUUAAAAUAAAUAAAAUCAGAAUAUGAAUGGAUAAAAUUAAGUAAUAAUAUAUAUAUAUAUAUAUAUAUAUAUAUAUAUAUAUAUAUAUAUAUAUAUAUAUAUUUAUUUAUGUAUGUAUGUAUGUAUGUAUGUAUAUAUGUAUGUAUAUUCAUAAAUAUUUAAAUAUUUAUAUUUUAAAUUUAAAUUUGAUACUAUUUAUAAAACAUAUAUUUUUUUAAAGGAAUAUAUAAAAUACUAUAGUUAAUUUUAAGAAGCAUAUUUAGAUGAAAAUAAUUUUAUUGAUUUAUUAAAUAGUGACUACGAUAAAUAACACCAUGAGGUUUUAUUAAGUAUAUUAAUUUGUCAUUCUAUGAAAAGUACAUUUGAUACAUCUUAAUAGAAAAUACUUAAUAGGGAUAUAAGCAAAGAAGUAAAAUGUCUAUAAUAAUUCGCGAAUAUAUUUAACUAUGAAUUUAAAUGCUGUUCAAUAUUUAAAAACUAAAUAAAUUCUCCAAACUAUGUUUUAUCAAUAUAGAAUACAUAUGUAGUAUAUAAAAUUCUUUCUAUUUAAGAAUAUAAUAUAAACCGAAAUUAUUUUUCUGUCCUUUUCCGAGACGCAAACAGCCAAUUUCCUAAUAGUGGCUCUAUUCUAUACUGCAAAAUAUCCCUCUAAAACUCUGAAAUACCUUCCAAUAUAAUUUUCAAAGACAAACAAUAAAAAUCUUUAUUCGAAAAAUAAGUUCAAUUUAUGAUCUAGAAUGGGAUGCGGCCCAUAAUAUAUUGCAAAAAAGAGCUAAACGACGAAAAAUCAGACGAAUAUCUUCGCCAAUACGAAAACCUAAAAAAAAACUUAGUUUAAGAUUAAUAAAAACUCCAUAAACUUUAUGAAGAAAUCGAAUAAAAUUUAACAAUAGUCGCCAUUUUCGGAAUAUAGGAAAAACUAAGAAAAAAUACAUAAAAUACUAUCCAAAAUAUGCGAUUAGGCGGGAAAUAUGUAUGGAUGUUGACAGGAGAUAAUUAUUUAAAUGCCCUAACUAUUGGAUAUUCCUCAAGUAUAAUAGACUAAAAUUAAUAAUUAGUCCAUUUAGAAGGAAGAAACUACGAUAAUAUAAAAAACUUAAUAAGAGAGUAAUUAACAGCUAUAUAAAAUGAGGGGAAAUUGGAUAAAUUAAUUCCCUAAAAUUUGAAUACAUAUAAUAAAUAUAUGUAAAAUAUCUUCAAUUCGAAGCCCAAAAAUAACUCUAUAACCAAUAGUGAGACUCGAAAAAGGACUCUUUCAUUUAACCCUUAAUAAAAGCCUUAUGUUUUUUCCCUUAUAGUAUCUUCAGAAGCUUUAACCAUUAUAUUUUCAGAUAAUUAUUUACGCAAUCACUUUUAUUUUUUAUGUACCUUUACCUCCUCAGUAAUAGGAUAUAAUCUCUCUACUUCAUAAAAAGGCUGGUUAGUGAGAAUGGUUUAGUAGAAAUUUUUAAAUAAUCCACGAACUUUAGCCAUAGGAGAUAGUUAUAAUGAUUAUGAUAUGAUGAAAAGUGCCGAUAUAUCAAUUUAAAUGGAAAAUUAGUAACAUAAAAUAGAUUAUUUAGGGGAUAUUUUAGUAAAUGAUUUCUUAUGUAUAUCCAACAUUUUAUAUUCUAACGCUAUUUUUAUGGCUGAAAUAUAUGAGGAAUUACUCAUUUAUACGUUCUAUAGGGCAUUCGUGAUGGGUUAUAUAAUAAUGUUUUUUAAUAUAUAAAUAAUUACAUACGGGAGCUCUUUAUGUAGUGCUUUAUAGAUUUUUUUUUAUCAUUCAAUUAUUUAUUUAGUAGGUAUUGUUAGUUAUUUUGUUAAAAAAUACACUAAAAAGCAUAAAUAUACAUAAAAUAUGGAUAUUUUAAUUAAGUAGUUUUCUAUAUAUAGAAAUUAAAUAAAAAAAUAAAAAAUUCUCCACUUUUUUUAUAAAGUUAUUUUCCAUUCUUAUUUGGAAGCUCUUUUUAAUUUUUUAGUUAUUUUUUAUGCAGUCAAUUUUAUAACGACAACUCAAGGAAAAACGUAUACUAUUGUAAAUAUGUCAUCUUUGGGAUUUUUUAGUGUAGGAAUUUCUUCGUGUAUUAAAAUUUUAUCAGCUUAAAAAUAAAAUUAUAAGGAAACAUUGUCUACUGUAUUUUUUUAUUUUAUUGCUUGUGCUAUUUAUGCGCCUUUAGAAGAUUUAUAUAAGGACAAUUCUUUUUUUUUUUAAGAGUUUAAAGAUUAUUUCAAAGAACAAAUCAUGUUUUUAGUUUUAAUUAGUCUUUUUUUAUUAAUUUUUGCAGUGGAUAUUUUCCUAGAAUUUUUUCCAUAUAUUUCGGCUUUUUUUCCUUAAAAUAUUAUCAGAUAAACAUAAAAAUAUAAUAUUAUUACAGGAAAAAAUAAUUAAUAAUAAGAAAAUAUAAAUAAAAAUUAAUUGUAAAAAUAAUAUAUAGCAAGAAAUGAAAGUAAAAAAUUAACUUGUAUAAUAAAUUAAGUCAUAACAAAAAUUUUUCCAAAUGAUAAAGAAUAGAAUAUGGAUAUAAUAUUAUAAAAUAUGAUUUAAAAUGAUGAUUUUACCGAAUAAAGUUCCGAUAUGAAUAAUACUACAUUAUAAUUUAAAAAUUCUGAUUUAGAGAAGAAAUUUAAAUAGAAUUUAAUGAAAACAUGGUUAAUAUUUAAUAAAUGGAAUUAAUUAGCUAUUUUAUGUUUAUUAGAAAUACUUAUAUUAAUUUAAUACUUAGUAAAAAGUGACUAGAGUUUAUAUUUAAAAUAAAUAAUAGUCUUAACUAUCACAAUAAUUUUAAUAGGAAUAUUUUGUAUAGCUUCUUUUAGUAGUAAAGGAGAAGAAUAAUUUUAUAAAAUAAACUUCGGGAUGUUUAUUAUACGUAUAUUAUCUAAAAUAUCCAUUGACUUUAUUUCUUAACAAAAUAAUUUCCUUGAAAGCAUACUUUAUAUAUUAUUUUCUAAUUUCUCCAUUUAAGGAAGACCAGAUUUUGUUAUAUAUGCCACCUUUAUAUAAACAAUUAUUUAUAUUAUUAAUUAUAUAACUUCAUCCUCUUAAUAAAAAUUAGGAAAUGUUAAAGUUUAUAUAUUAGUUUCUGUUAUUUUUCUUACAGCUUUUUUUGAUUUAAUGCUUAUAUAUAAUAAAUACUUAUAUGAAAAAGUUAUAAGAUUAGAUUAUUUAAGUUAAAAUAAAUUAAGAAUCGAAAGCCAGAAAAUAAAUAAUAUACUCUCUAUUUUAUUACCUAAAUUUGUACGUGAAAGAAUAUCUAAUUCUGGUUAAAUAUAAUUAUCAGAAGAUUAAGGUGAAGUAGGCGUUUUAUUUUGUGAUAUUUGUGAAUUCGAUAGUAUAUUAGAAUCUGAAAACGAGAAAAUAGUAGUACUUUUAGAUAAUUUAUUCAGAAAUUUUGACGUUUUAUGUUCUUAAAAUGAAUGUACAAAAAUUGAAACUGUCGGUAAAUCUUAUGUAUGUGCUUCUGGUUUAAAUUUAGAAUUAAACAUUAAAAAAAAACAGAAUUAAUUUAAUUCUAUCGAAAAGUUAAUAAAUCUUGGAUUUGACAUGAUGGAGUACGUCAAAAAAAUAUCUUGGGGUCCUAAUGGUGAAAAAUUGCGUGUAAAAAUCGGAAUUCAUUACGGAAGAGUUAUCGCAGGAGUCCUAGGUUACCAUAAGCCUUAAUUUUCAUUGAUAGGGGACACCAUAAAUACAACUUCUAGAGUAAUGUCAACGGGUGAAGAUGGUCGAAUGACAAUAUCUGGAGCUGCUUUUGCUAAAAUAUAGACAUAAAACUUGGUAAAUUUUAAGUAUAAUAAAAAAGAAGUGGAAGCAAAAGGAAAAGGAGUAAUGUUGACUUAUUAAAUUUCUAAAAUGGGAUAAAUGGGAAAGAUGGCGAAAAAAACGGAAAUGUAUAAACACUCAGUUAGAAUGAUUCCAAAAGGCUCUUAUUCGAAUUCUCCAACUUAAGCCUCAAAGUUAAAUUUUAAAUAAAAUGGAAUUUCGACUAAUAAUGUAUCUCUAUAAAAAUUAAAAUUAACAGUCGAAACUAUUAAAGUUAAUGAUUAAUAUAAAAAAAAGACUUAAAUAAGAAAAAAAACUUUUCUAAUGAAUUAAUAACUUAAUAAUAAAGAAAAAUCUAUAAAUACUAAUAUUAUUAAAGAUAAAUUAAUUAUAGAAAAUAAAACACCUUAAAUGUCUAAAAAUUCAUUACAUUCAAAAAAUAGUUAAAAUGUAAAUUUUAAUAAUAAUCAAUUAACUAAUAUAAAUAAAAUCGAAUAAUAAAUAAAAGAAGAAAUACACAUAUAAUACAUAUAAAAUAUAUAAUUAGAAAUCGAUUCGGAUAUGAUAAAUGAAUUAUUUGAAUCAAAUGAAGAAGAUAGAAAUACUUUCGAUAAAGAUAAUAAUUUAUAAUUAACUUAAAAAUCUUUAUAUUUGUCUUUAGAUCCUUUAAAGGAAGAUACAUUAUUCUUUUAUUAAGAAAUAUUAUAAUAAACUAAAAAAUAAAUAAAAAUUAAGUUUUUAGGUUUAUUAUAUAUUUUUCUAUUAAAGACCAUAAUUACUUUUCUUAUUAAAGAUUUUUUUGGAGAUUUUUUUUUAAUAGAUAUUAUUCUUAGAUCAAUUAUGUGUUUUUUUUUGAUUUUUUUUAACUGUUUAAGAGAUCGAAUUUUCGUGAUUACAUUCGAAAGGUUCAAAAAAAUUCUUAAAAUAACAAUGAUUGCAUUCCUCAGCGUUUUAAUAGCAGAAAACUUUCUUAUAUUAUACCCUGAAUAAGAAUUAGAUAUGAAAUCUGCAAUUUUUAAAAUAUAAUUAGGAGAAUAAUUCUUGUUCUAUAUAGUUUUAUCUUCAUUUAAUAUGCUAGAAUUCAGUUUUUUAAUUGUAUUUUAUUUAAUUUUAGUAUCUUCAUGGAUAAUAAUAUCAUUAUAAUAACAAAUUGAAAGUGAUAUAAUUUAUUUCGUUUUUACAAUAGGCCUUGCCCAUUUGAUUUUUUAAUAUCUUUUUUUUAAACUGCAUAUAAAAUCAUAUAAUAACUUAAAAAACCUAACAAAAAAAGCUAAAGAAUAAAAUUAGAUUUUAAGCAAUUUAUUACCAAAGCAUGUUCUUGAUAAAUUUUUAAAUAAUCCUUAAACAUAAAAACUUGAAUUAGUAGAUUAUUUUGAAAAUGUAACAAUUUUAUUUGCUGAUAUUGCAGGUUUUACUAAAUACUCGAGUUCUGUUGAACCUGAAUAAGUAGUAAAUAUGUUAAAAAAGCUUUUUUACGAAUUCGAUAAAUAUUCUGUAGAAAACGAAGUCUUUAAAUUAUAUACAAUAGGAGAUUGUUACGUAGUUAUAGGUUUUACGGAUAUAAGGAAACGAAAUCCUGCUGAAGAGGCUAUAAAUGUUGUUAAUAUGGCUUUUUGUAUGAUUGAUACUAUCAUGUAAGUACGAGCUUAAGUCAAAUUCGAAGAAUUAGAUAUGAGAAUAGGAGUACAUACAGGAAAUAUAAUAGGAGGAGUCAUAGGAACAGAUAUUGUAAGAUAUGAUAUAUACGGAAAAGAUGUUGUUAUAGCUAAUAAAAUGGAAAGUACAGGAUAAUAGGGGAGGAUAUAAGUCUCUAAUGCUACAAAAUUACUUUUAGAAGAUUGCGGUUUAUUCGAAUUUGUAGAUGAAAAUUAAAUUCAUAUUAAAUCUAUAGAUUAUUGGGUAGAUACAUGUUUUGUGAAAUACAAAUAAGAAGAAUCUCAGACAGAAAAUAUAAAAGAAUCUAUUUCAUAAUAUAACUAAUCUAAUAUUGAUAUGGAAAAAUUAAGUUUAAAAAAAGAAGAAGAAGAAGAAAAAAAAAAUGAAGAUUUUUAAAAUAAUAAUGAAUAAGAAUAUAUAAUUAAAAAAAUAGUUUUGAUUAAAAAAUACAUUAAUAAAUUUUAAAUAAUAAUAAAUUUGAAGAUAAAUAAAAUAUAAAAAAUUUAGAAAUAAAAGAAGAAGACGAAGAAGAGGAUAUAUGAUAAAAAAAUACUUAUAAAUAUAUAAAAAUAUUAUAAAUAUAUAUAUUAUAUAUAUAUAUAUAUAUAUAUAUAUAUAUAUAUAUAUAUAUAUAUAUAUAUAUAUAUAUAUAUAUAUUUAUUUUAUAUAUAUGUCUGUAUUUUUUUAUUUUCAUCUGCAAUAAAAACAUCCCAUAGUAUUUCUUGCAUAUCCAGGAUUCGUUUCCCUUGA